GGGAGCAUGCGGAGCUUAGACAGGUGUUGAGGGUUUGCGCAUCGCUCUAGAAAUCGUUGGGUAUGGACGGAAACUGCAAGACCACCAACGCAAUCCCACUAUAGUUUCACAUGUAUUCAGCAAUAUUGCUGUUCAAAAUAAGGAAUAUAAUUUUCUGUGGAAAUCAAUCAAACGGCGCAAUGGUGCAUCAUUCGGGGUCUAUUCAGUCCUUCAAGCAGCAAAAAGGCAUGCACACGAGCAUCAGUGAGAUCCUGAGGGAGAAGACACUGAAGCCGUCCCGUCGCAGCUUGCCCUGUCUGGCCCAGAGCCAAACGCACCCUCUGAACCUCAACCACUUCCUGUCCGUGCCUCUGAGUCCAGAGGUCAAACACGAGGCUGUCCCUGUCCUGACACACAGCCUCAGCCUCAGCUCCUCCUGCACUGUCCUCCCCCCCCAGACAGAAACGAUCAAGGACCUCUAUGAGGAAGAGUCGGAAUCUAGUUCCUGUAAGGCGAGGGCAGACGAUUAUAGUUCCUGUAAGGAGAGGGAAGACGAUUCUAGUUCCUGUAAGGCGAGGGCAGACGAUUCGUUUAUAAUACAGAAACCUGUCAUCCGUGCAAAGUUAGAGGCCCGCACUGAUUCAGUUCAGAGCAAAUACAAACAAGCCAACUCAUCAGGACUCCUGUUCAGGGAUGGGAUGAAGCGUAUCGACUACAUCCUGGUCUACAAGAAGUCAAGUCCUCAAGUGGAAAAGAGAUGCACCUUUGAGAGGAACUUGCGUUCUGAGGGCCUGAUGCUUGAGAAGGAGCCCUCUCUCACCAACAAUGACAUCAUGUUUGUCAAGAUCCAUGCUCCUUGGGACACUCUCUGCAAAUAUGCAGAGCAGAUGAACAUCCGGAUGCCAUUCAGAAAGAAAUGUUACUUUACCGACUGGAAGAGCAAAGCUUUGAGCAGCAGGUUCCGCCAGAGAUGUCGUCAGAUUAGGAGCUGGCUCCCUAAGAACCCCAUGAAGCUGGACAAAGAGGCCUUGCCUGACCUGGAGGACACCGACUGCUACACAGCCCCCUUCAGCAGAGCGCGCAUGCACCACUUCACUAUCAACAACAGGCACACGUUCUUCUCCAACUCCACCAGAAGCAGGAUAGUCCACCAUGUUCUGCAGCGCACCAAGUAUGAGGAUGGGAAGCCUAAGAUGGCUCCUCCCCUCUGUUGUCAGUCUCUCCUUAAUUAUUAUGGUCACCAUGACCGGAUCAUGAUUGCCCAGUCUCUGAACUCCUGGGAAGGUAUCAAUCGACUACUGGGUAAUGGCACAUAUGAGGCUGCGUUUCCUCCGCACGAGGGUGGUUACAAAAGCAAGCACCCCAUUAAGACCCACGGGGCACAGAACCACCGGCAUCUGCUGUAUGAGAGGUGGGCUCGCUGGGGCAUCUGGUACAAAUACCAGCCUCUGGACCUCAUAAGGCGCUACUUCGGAGAGAAGAUAGGCCUGUAUUUUGCCUGGCUGGGCUGGUACACUGGCAUGCUGAUCCCCGCAGCCCUGGUCGGUCUCUUUGUCUUCCUUUAUGGCCUCUUCACCAUGGACACCAGCCAAGUCAGUAAGGAGAUCUGUGAAGACAACACCACAAUCAUGUGUCCCAUGUGUGAGGAGAACUGUCCUCCUUGGAGACUGAAUGAUAGUUGUGUCUAUGCAAAGGUGACCUAUCUUUUUGACAACGGGGGAACUGUGUUCUUCGCGAUAUUCAUGGCUAUAUGGGCCACUGUGUUCCUGGAGUUCUGGAAGAGGAGGAGAGCUGAACUGACUUAUGAUUGGGACCUCAUCGAUUGGGAGGAAGAAGAGGAGGAGUUGAGACCCCAGUUUGAAGCCAAGUACUCCGGAGUGGAGAGAGUGAACCCUGUAUCCGGCAAGCCUGAGCCCUUCCAGCCCUUCACAGACAAACUCAGCCGGCUCAUGGUGUCUGUGUCUGGAAUCUUCUUCAUGAUUUCCCUUGUUUUGACAGCUGUGUUUGCCGUGGUGGUUUUCCGACUCAUCGCCAUGGAGAAGUUUGCAUCGUUUGACUGGGAGUUUGUGAAGAAGAACUGGCAGUUUGCUACUUCUGGCACUGGUGUCUGUAUCAACUUCAUGAUCAUCAUGUCUCUGAAUGUGGUUUAUGAGAAGGUGGCUUAUCUGCUCACUAACUUGGAGCACCCACGCACAGAGUCAGAAUGGGAAAACAGCUUUGCACUCAAGAUGUUCCUCUUCCAGUUCGUCAAUUUGAACAGCUCCACGUUCUACAUUGCUUUUUUCCUUGGAAGGUUUGCUGGCAGGCCUGGGAAAUACAAUAAACUAUUUAAUAGGUGGAGACUGGAGGAGUGCCACCCCAGUGGAUGUUUGAUCGACUUGUGCCUGCAAAUGGGAGUCAUUAUGGUUCUGAAGCAGAUCUGGAACAACUUUAUGGAGUUAGGUUAUCCUUUGCUGCAGAACUGGUGGUCUCGCCGGAAAAUAAAGAAAGGAGGGCAGAAUGUAGAGAACAAAGUCCAACUUCCUCAGUGGGACAAAGACUGGAACCUGCAACCAAUGAACGCCCACGGUCUCGUUGAUGAAUACCUAGAAAUGGUUCUCCAGUUUGGCUUCACCACCAUCUUUGUGGCUGCCUUCCCGUUGGCACCUCUCCUGGCUUUGCUUAACAACAUCAUCGAGAUCCGCCUAGACGCCUACAAAUUCGUCACUCAGUGGAGGAGACCUAUGCCUGCCCGCGCCACCGACAUAGGCAUCUGGCAUGGCAUACUUGAGGGCAUCGGCGUGCUGGCAGUCAUCACUAAUGCCUUUGUCAUUGCCAUCACCUCCGACUACAUCCCUCGGUUCGUCUACGCCUUCAAAUACGGGCCGUGUGUGGACAAGGGCUACCGCCACGAAAGGUGCCUGCGAGGUUACAUGAAUAGCAGCCUGUCGGUGUUCGAUAUGGGGGAGCCUAAGAACGGCAGCCAGGUCCAGACCAGGUUCUGCAGGUACAGGGACUACCGGGCACCCCCGUGGAGCCCAGUGCCCUACGACUUCACUCUGCAGUUCUGGCACGUCCUGGCCGCCAGACUAGCCUUCAUCAUCGUCUUUGAGCACCUGGUGUAUGGGAUCAAGUCCUUCAUUGCAUACCUGAUCCCGGACAUGCCCAAGGGCCUGUGUGAGCGCAUGCGUCGGGAGAAGUAUCUGAUGCAGGAGAUGAUGUACGAGGCAGAGCUGGAGCACCUACAGAAGGAGAGGAAGAAGAACGGCAAGCGUUAUCACCAUGAGUGGCCUUAGCUUGACCCCCCCCCUGUCCUCACACACACACACACACACUGUCCUGUUCCUCACUCAC